AUGGCGGUGGUCAACGGAAUAGUAGAAGUCUUGAAGGUUGUUGGGAGGCAGGCUACCAUCGAUCCGUCAUCAACAGCAGCGACUUCGUCCUCAAUGUCUACAGCAACCCCCACUCCAUCUCCAUCUCCAACAUCAACCUCCAACAGUAAUAGCCCGACUAGUUCACCACUUUUGUUCUUUGUUGCGCUAGGAUUUGGUGUUGUGUUCACGAAUCUAUGGAUCAUUGUUGGUGUCAAGUACUGUUUUCGAUAUAAUGCUAGGAACCGCGCUCUGCGGGCUGGGGAGGCUGACCCAAUUAAUCUCGAGAAUAUGCCGGUUCGGCCUCACCGGAGACGACGAGAAAAGAAACUCAUGAGUAUGGACGAAGUGAACGAACGAUUCCCCUUGAUAAAAUACAAGAACUGGGUGGCCAACCGAGCCAGCGAGGGGCUACCGACUAGUGGGGGUGUCACGGCACCGCCUAGUCGAGCUGUGAGCGUGCUAGAAGUUGAGGGUGUCGAACCAUCUUCACCCGUGGGGUCGAAGCAUUCUGUCAACACCAGACCAGCCACAGCUACUUCGAACAAAGAAGAGGGAAUGGCAUCAUCACCAACACACACUAUCGAAGGUGGGCAUGACGACCGAAAGAGUAUGGAUGCGGUAAUUUCGGAAAAAGCAGCUGCUUCAAAGACGGAGGAGCAUAAGGAAGAGCUACAUCAUUUGGAAGAAGUUCCAACCCGAGCCAGCACCGUUGAUAACAAGAAUCCUGCAACAGUAGAAGAAGAAGUUGAAGAUGACGAUGAUGAUGAUGAUCACAUUCAUACCGCUGUGCCUCCGGAGCUCCUUAACAAUCCUGGCGAUUCAUGCGCGAUCUGCAUUGAUACGCUAGAGGAGGACGAUGACGUUCGUGGUUUGACUUGCGGUCAUGCUUUCCAUGCCGGAUGCUUGGAUCCAUGGCUCACUAGUCGUCGUGCUUGUUGUCCACUUUGCAAAGCCGAUUACUUUACACCGAAGCCCCGACCUGAGGGCGAGCAAGAGCCUGAGCGACAGUCACGUAGAGCGAAUGCCUCGAGAGCAAAUAUGCCCCAGCAGCCGCAAUCAGCAUGGACUGGUAUUCGGGGUAUGCCAGGAAGAUUCGGGGCAUCGGCUAGAUCGAAUGUGGAUACCCAAAAUCGUGAUGAAAGGCAAGCGAGGCGGGCGCGCCAAGCUCAAGGUGAUGGACCAAUGAAUGUAGCAGGUGGCGCGGGUGCGCCUGAAGUCAACACUGCCCCAGCAGCAAGUAGAUGGAGGCCAAGAAUACCGGCAGCUUUCACAGGAAUUCGCAUGCCUGGUAGUAAUAGAGCCACAGGAAAUGCUUCGGGUCAACCGAAUAACUCCGAGCCAUCACCUUCUCAACUGGAGGCAGGUCACCGUUUUGCCUAG